AUGCUGACUGCUCUGGAGGAGGUGGACACCAAGGGCAGCUUCAAGCGGGUGGACUCCGCAUGGCGUAGCUCCAUCGAGGAAGGUGGCCGCUUCAGCCCCGCCUCUGGGCGUUACCACCUCUACAUAGCACUGGCAUGCCCAUGGGCAGAUGGAGUGCUCGCCGCGCUCUUCAUGAAGGGCCUGGAAGAUUGCAUCGGCUACAGCGUGACGCACCCGACCUGGCAGCGCAGCCGCCCCGAGAGGACUGAGGACCAACACCUGGGCUGGGCCUUCCGAAAGGUGGGGGACCCCCCGCUGGCCAACGCGCUGGGUUAUGGCGGCUUCGAGUGUGACGAUGCGCUGGUGCCAGAUUUGGUCAACGGCGCUCAGUUCGUCCGGGACCUGUAUGAAAAGGCCGGGGACACAGCUGGCAAGUACUCCACGCCAGUGCUUUGGGACAAGGAGGAAGGCACCAUCGUGAACAACGAGUCCAUGGAGAUCCUUCGCAUGCUGAAUAGCAAGUUCAACAAGUGGGCAAAGAAUCCAGACCUGGACUUAUUUCCAGCGAGCCUGGCCACAGAAGCAGACGCUGCAAAUGCCUGGGUCUACCCCAGCAUCAACAAUGGGGUCUACAGGUGUGGAUUCGCAAAAAGCCAGGAGGCCUACGACAUUGCCGUCAAGGAGUUGUCGGAAGCGCUGGCGAGGGCGGAGACCGUGCUGUCGAAGCAGCGGUACGUUUGCGGGGACACCUUCACCUUCAUGGACCUUCGGCUCUUCAUGACCUUGGUCCGCUUUGAUGCGGUCUACGUGGUAUACUUCAAGACCAACGUGGGCACCAUCGAGCACGACUACCCCAACCUGCUGGAGUAUUGCAGGGAUGUGUACCAGAUGCCCGGCGUGGCAAAGGCGAUCAACAUGCGCCACAUCAAGAUGCACUAUUUCACGUCGCACCCAGAUCUGAACAAGUUCGGCAUCAUUCCCCGCGGCCGCGAUGUAGAUUUUAGUGCCCCCCACAAGCGCCAGAAGCUGACAAAAUGA